CCUGCUUUAGCAUGGGAGAGUGAAACACACAGACAUGAGAAACACAUGCGUUUCCGCAGAUGGACAUAGCAACCCUUUUUCGGCUAAUCCGCAUGCGGAUUUCCAGCGUUAAGCGUAGAGCUUGAAAGAACAUCUCCGUACAUGCGCGUGAGUGCGGGGAGGGGGGGCGUCAAACCAGUAGACGGAAAGAGAGUCGGAGAGAACACAGGGCGCAGGAGUGGAAUAGCAGUAAGAGGUACACAGGACAGACAGAAACGGAGGGAAAAACAGAUAGAGCGAUAGAAACAGACAGCGUACAGCAGAGGAGAGGAGCGCCCAGGAGGGACGCCGCCAUGAGGGAGGAGCUAUCCGGCACGGAGUCCCCUGAGGGGGGUCUGGCGGCCAGCGAGGAGGAGCAGGAGCGUGGCCCGAAGACUCCCGUGGGGGGCGGACGCAAGCGGGUGUCGUACCCCAAGAAAGAGGACGGGGGUGCAGGGAGCCGGGAGAAGGGGGCCGGCAGCCCCCUCUGCAUCACGCCCUCGGGCCCCAAGAGGCCCAAGAAGAGCCCGCCGGCCGGGGGGUCCUCGGUCACCAUGGCGACCGCCCCCGCCCCGGGCGUGGGCCCCGGCCAGCCCCCGGAGGACCUGCACACUCAGCGCGUCAUCGCCAACGUGAGGGAGAGGCAGCGCACGCAGUCCCUGAACGACGCCUUCGCCUCGCUGCGGAAGAUCAUCCCCACGCUGCCCUCGGACAAGCUCAGCAAGAUCCAGAUCCUCAAGCUGGCCUCGCGCUACAUCGACUUCCUGUACCAGGUGCUGCAGAGCGACGAGAUGGACAGCAAGCUGGCCAGCUGCAACUACCUGGCGCACGAGAGACUCAGCUACGCCUUCUCGGUCUGGAGGAUGGAGGGGGCCUGGUCAAUGUCUGCUACCCACUAA